AGCCCACAUCAUGGGGGAUGUGAAGCUGGUGACAUCUACUCGAGUCUCCAAAACGUCCCUGACACUCAGCCCCCCUGUCCCUGCUGAAGCACCAGCAUUUACUCUUCCUCCUCGGAAUAUUCGAGUGCAGCUGGGAGCCACUGCAAGAUUUGAGGGGAAGGUCAGAGGCUACCCCGAGCCUCAGAUCACGUGGUACAGAAAUGGGCAUCCUGUCCCGGAGGGAGACCAUUAUGUCGUGGACCGCAGCAUUCGGGGGAUAUUCAGCUUGGUAAUCAAAGAUGUACAGGAAGGUGAUGGUGGUAAAUACACCUGUGAAGCUGCAAAUGAUGGUGGGGUUCGUCAAGUGACUGUGGAACUGACAGUGGAAGGAAACUCCUUGAAGAAAUACAGCCUGCCAUCCAGUGCCAAAACCCCUGGGUAAGAAGUCCACUUUGAUAUUGUUUCAUAGACACCUAAAUAUGUUUUGGUAGGAAAACAAGUAAAAUGACUCUUUCUAAAGAAUAACCACUUCGCCCUGUUUUAAGUGCCUCUUACAUUUUGUCUUUAGCUCUGAUUCAUUUUCAGGGCCAGUCAGACAGGGUUGGAUUCUUGCCCAGUUCUCAGUAAUUUCUCACUGGAAACGUAUCCCCAAGGCUCCUUACCUGUGCAAGAAUCAGAGGGAAUGGAGGAAAGCAAAGCCUGGUAGUUAAUGACUCUGUUCUGUACAGCAUUGCAUUGGAAUAGAGUAACUGCUUGGCAUGAUUU